AUGGAUAUGCUUCGUCUACAAUCUUCAAGUAAAUCAUCACCUAAUGAAAUGAUGGAUAAGGCGAAAAAUGUUUGGAAUAUGCUAGAUGAAUUAGCAUCGAGUGAUCCAACAGCUUACAAAAAAUUCAUUGAGAAAACUAUACGAGAAGGAAAAGAAUAUAUGGCACCACCAACACCAUGUUUAGCUGUUCGAUCCGUAUUACAUAGCCAUCCGAACAUUAAAACCUUUUAUUUAAAUAUUUUUACUUGGCUUCGCUUACCAGCUCCUACAAAAACAGAUGAAUUAACAAAAAUGUAUUCACUUUCACCAACAGAAAUAACUCAUAAUGAUGAACAGUGUAUUCUUGUGAAUAUUGCUGUACAUCCAGAUGUUAUAAAAAUCAUUGGACGUACUCAAUUGAUUCGAUCAACAUUUGAUUUAGUAGCUUCUCAACAUAAACUUUUAGUCGAUUAUAACAAUUAUAAAUAUUUGGAUGAAACAGCACUUGGUGAUAUAGAAGAAAUUCAACGAAAUUUUCUUAAACCAUUAACGAAAACUAAGAAAAAUGAUGAAGAUAUUGAUGAAUUACUUGAUAGUAAUCUUAGUCCAUCAUUACUUAAAGAACUUUCUUCAAUGGCUUUAAGUAAUCAAUCAACAUCUUCUAACAAGUUGCCAUCAUCACAACAACAACCAAAGAAAACGAAAAAACCAACGGUAUUAAUUGAAGAACUUUGGACUAUUCCAACAUAUACAGAAGAAAUCACGAAUAAUAAUAGUUGUUUAGUCAUUCGUAUUUCAUUACCAGAAUGUGAAAGUGUUGCUGAUUGUGAUGUUACAGUUUUACCUACGGAAGAAACAAUACAAGUUGAGUGUACAAAACUUCGUAUGCAUCUAAAACUUGAUAUGAAAAAACGCAAGAAACCAAAUAUAUCAAACUGUAAUAGUUUAUAUGAUAUUCAACGUUUAACUGCUAAAUUUGUACGUAAAACGCAACAUCUUAUACUCAGUAUUCCAAUUAUUGUAGAACAAAGUACACAUGAAUCCAAAAAUAACUGUUGA